GCGUAGGCGCUCUGCUAAUUUUAUUUAUUUAUUUUUCAAAGCCACAUUAUAGUGGAGACUAAACUGACGCGAACUACAACAAAUGCAAUGCAAUAUUAUAUACAACUAUAUGUAAAGGUUAUUCUAUAUAUAAUAUAAUAUAAGAACAAAAAAAAUAUCAUGCUCUGAUGAAGCAAAAGUCAGAAAUUAUUUAUUGUUGAUGUAUGAAACAAAACCCAAAUUGGUUUAAGCAUUUGUGGUUAAAAAUAGUCCCACUUUUCCGGUUUGAGUUUGGAUAAUAAAUUUUUCUGGUCCUUCAUCUUUGUGACCGUACGUGCAGAGUAUUACUGCUUUAGACUUUUGAUCGACAUGUCCAUUCUCUGUCUACAAGGUUUGGUAAUUGAGCAGACAAGAGAAAUCAAGAAAUAGAGCUAGUUAAGGUGAAAAUUAUAUUAUGGAGCCAUUUGGACAUCAUAAUUUUGUGGAAAAGAGCAAGGAAAAGUUUCUAAACAGGAGCAUCAGGUUUGAGGAAGAAGAUGACUAUGAGGACAUAGAGGAAGGAAGUAAAUGCUUGUGUUUCAGUUGGUUGAUAAAACUUUGGAAAGAUUUGGUUGAUUUUGUCGGUAAAGCAUGGGAAAUGGGACGUUCUGAUCCUCGAAAAUUCAUUUUCGGUGUUAAAAUGGGAGUGGCAUUGUCAGUAGUUUCGUUGCUCUUGUUCUGGAAAGAUUCAUAUCAUGAUCUUGGUCAAUACUCAAUUUGGGCAAUCCUCACUGUCAUUGUCAUGUUCGAGUUCAGCAUAGGAGCAACUUUCAUUAAAGGGUUCAAUCGUGGGUUGGGAACAGUUUUUGCCGGAAUACUCGCUUUCUGCUUUGCUCAGCUAGCUUUCUUGGCUGGCCAUCGGUGGGAGGGACCAGUAAUUAUAUCAAGCAUUUUCCUUAUAGGAUUUCUUGCAUCGUACUUGAAACUUUACCCGACAAUGAAACCUUACGAAUAUGGAUUUCGAGUGUUCAUAUUGACAUAUUGUAUCCUCAUGGCUGCUGGGAAUAGGACUGGAAAAUACACGGAGGCUGUGGUGACUAGACUGGUGCUUAUCGGAUUGGGAGCUGCAGUUUGUCUGGUUAUAAAUAUUUGUAUAUACCCUAUUUGGUCAGGGGAGGAUCUCCAUAACUUGGUGGUCAAGAAUUUCAAGGGUGUUGCUGCUUCAUUAGAGGGUUGUAUUAAUGGCUAUCUGAAUUUCAUGGAAUAUGAGAUAAUCCCAUCCAAAAUCCUAACAUAUAAAGCUGCAGAAGAUCCUCUAUACAAAGGCUACCAGUCAGUGGUGGAAUCUAAAAUACAAGAGCAGAAUCUGCUAGAUUUUGCAAUCUGGGAACCGCCUCAUGGACCUUAUAGAAUGUUCAGUUAUCCUUGGAAGAGCUAUGUUAAAGUAAGCAGUUCAUUGAGGCAUUGCGCAUUCCUUGUCAUGGCGCUGCACGGAUGCAUUCUUUCAGAGAUACAGGCCUCAGCAGAAAGGAGAAAGGUCUUCAGUGAUGAGCUCCAGAGGGUUGGAACAGAAGGUGCUAAAGUUUUGCGGCAGCUUGGGAACAAAGUAGAGAAGAUGGAAAAAUUAGGCCCUGGAGACUUACUUAAAGAUGUGCAUGAAGCAGCAGAGCAAUUACAAAAGAAGAUAGACCAAAGAUCAUACCUACUAGUCAACGCAGAGAGUUGGCAAAUUGGUAGAGGGCCUAAGCAACUCGAAGACCCUGAAAAUAUUUUGGACAUGAAAGAGAAUGAAAAAUUACAACUGGGUAAUAAGUCCCUGAGUGAAACAGUGCUUGACAUGAGGUCGAUACCUUACGCAACAAGUUAUCGGUCUGCAGAAAGUCUAUUUACAAAGCAUUCAUCUUGGCCCUUUCGACUAAUGUUUGAUGGUGAUGGAGUCGUUAAGGAAGAUAGAUUCAAAACAUAUGAAAGUGCAAGUGCUUUGUCUUUGGCCACAUUUGCUUCGCUUCUGAUUGAAUUUGUUGCCAGGCUUCACAAUGUUGUGGAUUCAUUUGAAGAACUCUGUGAGAAAGCAGAGUUUAGGGACCCUAUCAUAACUACACCGCCAACAAAAGCAAAACCUGGUCUUUGGCAUGGACUGAUUUGCUGUUUCAGUGGCUGGUCUGCUUCCAUGGUGACCAAUUAACUUUAACUAGUGGAUCUCAGAAUGGCUUGAGAUUGGCCAAAAGCGAUGCUCUGCAGAUGGGGUAUAACGGGGAGAUUAGAAGAAACAAAAGAGUUGGUCCACUCCUUAUUCCAAGAGCUGCAGUUGGAGAUAGCAUUCAAUUUCCAUUGCAAGGUCCAUUCUAAUAAAACCAAACGCUACCUUAUUUUUGGAUUUUACUUUCAUUAGCUUUUAGUACUUGUCCAAGAAUCUUUUAUCUUAAUAAGAAAGCUAUUGCAGAUUGUAACAUUUGCUUGUAAGCUAAGGUAGAAAUUAUAUGUAGAAAGCUAGUUUUGAUCUUUGCUUUCCUCGAGGAUCUUCUAAAUAACUCAAAUUUGAAAAAAAAUAAAAUAAAAUAAAAAAAUACCCCACUUGAACAGCUAGCGGGUAGAAGAAUUUGUACAAGUAAA